CUCGUUUGGCAUGGGAUCUGGGAUUUUCCGAUUCAACUGAGUCCCAGCUUGCUGAUCCGUCGUUAGUGACUUUUUAAAACUUUGUUCCAGCUGGUGAACCUGUCCCUGUCCCAGCACCCGGACGGAUCUCGAAAGAGGGAUCUUUUCACUGAGCGCUUUGCGCCCUUCUGCGCUCAUUGAUUAUUCACAUCUACCUCUCGACUUUCUUCAUUUCGCAUUUAUUUUUAUUCUUUAUUUAUAUUUUAGUUGAUCUUUUUCUAUACUCGUCAAAAUGGCCGACUACGACGACGCCUACGAGGAGGAGUUUUACGAUGAUGAGGAGGGAAUCACGUCGGAGGACUGCUGGACCGUUAUUUCGUCCUUUUUCGACACGAAAGGUCUAGUGUCUCAGCAGCUGGAUUCGUUCGAUGAAUUCGUCUCGUCGACGAUGCAAGAGUUGGUGGAGGAACAAGGCCAAGUCACGCUCGACCAGACGCUUCCGCCCUCCGAAAACGAAAUCGACCCCAUCGUUGUCCGUCGCUAUGAGCUCAAAUUCGGUACCGUGAUGCUUUCAAGGCCCUCCGUAACUGAGGGUGAUGGUGCAACCACGAUUAUGUUGCCGCAAGAGGCUCGUUUGCGAAACUUGACAUACGCCAGUCCGCUUUACCUCGGAAUCACGAAGAAAAUUAUGGAAGGCCGGGAAAAGGCGGUAGGCGAUCGGGAUGACGAUGAGAUGGGAGAUGACGACGAGGACAGGAAAGCGCGUGGUACCUUCCUCUCGUGGGAGCAGAAACACCUUCCGGAGGAUCAGGCCAAGGAGGAGACUGUCUUCAUCGGAAAGGUGCCUAUUAUGCUCAAGUCCAAGUACUGUAUUCUCAAGGAUUUGAGUGAACAGGCGCUUUACAACUGGAACGAGUGCCCCUACGACUCUGGCGGUUACUUUAUUAUCAACGGAAGUGAGAAGGUUCUUAUCGCACAGGAACGGAGUGCCGGUAACACCGUUCAGGUGUUCAAGAAAGCGCCGCCCAGCCCUACGCCUUACGUUGCCGAAAUUCGAAGUGCUGUUGAGAAGGGCUCGAGACUCCUUUCGCAGCUUUCUCUGAAGCUGUUUGCCAAGGGUGACAGUGCCAAAGGUGGAUUUGGACCUACCAUUAGGUCUACUCUGCCCUAUGUGAAGGCCGAUAUUCCCAUUGUGGUUGUUUUCAGAGCGCUGGGCGUGGUUUCGGAUGAGGACAUUCUUAACCAUAUUUGCUACGACCGCAACGAUACACCAAUGCUGGAGAUGUUGAAGCCGUGUAUUGAGGAAGGUUUCGUCAUUCAGGACCGUGAAGUCGCUCUGGACUUCAUCGCCAAGAGAGGAUCUACUCAGUCGAGCAUGAACCAUGACCGCCGUGUCCGGUACGCGAGAGAAAUCAUGCAGAAGGAGUUCCUUCCCCAUAUCUCUCAGAACGAGGGAAGUGAAACUCGCAAGGCUUUCUUCUUGGGUUACAUGGUGCACAGGCUCUUGCAGUGCGCUUUGGGUCGGGCUGAUCCUGAUGAUCGUGACCACUUCGGAAAGAAGCGUCUUGAUCUUGCUGGUCCACUUCUUGCAAACCUCUUCCGGGUGUUGUUCACCCGUGUCACCCGUGACCUUCAGCGGUACGUGCAAAGAUGUGUGGAGACCAACCGUGAGAUAUACUUGAACAUUGGUAUCAAGGCCAGCACCUUGACCGGAGGUUUGAAAUACGCCCUGGCCACGGGUAACUGGGGUGAACAGAAGAAGGCGGCCAGCGCGAAGGCAGGUGUGUCGCAAGUGCUCAGUCGAUACACAUAUGCUUCUACCCUAUCGCAUCUUCGUCGGACAAACACCCCGAUUGGCCGUGACGGAAAGAUUGCCAAACCGCGGCAACUUCACAACACUCACUGGGGUUUGGUGUGUCCUGCAGAAACUCCGGAAGGUCAAGCUUGUGGUUUGGUCAAGAACCUGGCGCUUAUGUGCUACAUUACCGUUGGUACGCCCAGCGAGCCUAUUAUCGACUUCAUGAUCCAGCGAAACAUGGAAGUUCUCGAGGAGUUUGAGCCUCAAGUGACGCCCAAUGCCACCAAGGUCUUUGUCAAUGGUGUCUGGGUUGGUAUCCAUCGUGACUCUGCUCAUCUGGUAAACACCAUGCUUGCCCUGCGUCGUCGCAACAUGAUUUCGCACGAAGUUAGUUUGGUUCGGGAUAUCCGUGAGCGUGAGUUCAAGAUCUUUACCGAUGCUGGUCGUGUUUGCCGGCCGCUGUUCGUCAUCGACAAUGACCCGAAGAGCGAUAACAGCGGCUCGCUGGUGCUCAACAAAGAGCACAUUCGGAAGCUGGAGGAAGACAAGGAAUUGCCCCCUGACCUUGAUCCCGAAGAGCGCAGGGAACGCUACUUCGGAUGGGAUGGUCUUGUGAAAUCGGGAGUUGUGGAAUACGUCGAUGCAGAAGAAGAAGAGACAAUCAUGAUUUCCAUGACGCCCGAAGAUUUGGAAAUCUCGAAACAGCUCCAGGCCGGUUAUACUCUUCCCCCGGAAGAGGAUCCCAACAAGCGUGUACGGUCGAUUCUGAGUCAGAAGGCGCAUACAUGGACGCACUGCGAGAUUCAUCCGAGUAUGAUUCUUGGUGUCUGCGCCAGUAUCAUUCCGUUCCCCGAUCACAACCAGUCGCCCCGUAACACUUACCAAGCAGCAAUGGGUAAACAAGCCAUGGGUGUGUUCUUGACCAACUUCGACCAGCGAAUGGAAACAAUGGCGAAUAUUCUGUACUACCCACAAAAGCCGUUGGCGACAACACGGUCGAUGGAGUUCCUUCGGUUCCGUGAGCUGCCCGCAGGGCAAAAUGCCAUUGUCGCCAUUGCCUGUUACUCGGGAUACAACCAGGAAGAUUCCGUUAUCAUGAACCAGAGCAGUAUCGAUCGUGGUCUCUUCCGCAGUCUUUUCUACCGUACAUACACCGACACGGAGAAGAUGGUUGGCUUGACGGUUGUUGAGCGGUUUGAGAAGCCGAUGCGCAACGAUACCCUCGGUAUGCGAAAAGGUACAUAUGACAAGAUCGAUGACGAUGGUAUCAUCGCCCCCGGUGUCCGUGUUUCCGGAGAGGAUAUCAUCAUCGGUAAGACGGCACCCUUGGCUCCUGAAGCGGAGGAACUCGGUCAAAGAACCAAGUCGCACACCAAGCUUGACGUGUCGACGCCUCUGCGUAGCACGGAAAGCGGUAUCGUGGACCAGGUCCUGGUUUCCACCAGCAAUGACGACUUGAAGUUCGUCAAGGUCCGUAUGAGGACCACAAAGAUUCCUCAGAUCGGUGACAAGUUCGCUUCCCGUCACGGACAGAAGGGUACGAUUGGUAUCACCUACCGACAAGAGGACAUGCCGUUUACUCGGGAGGGUCUGGCCCCUGAUCUGGUCAUCAACCCGCACGCCAUUCCAUCUCGUAUGACCAUUGCCCAUUUGAUCGAGUGUCAACUCAGUAAGGUAUCUGCACUACGUGGAUUCGAAGGUGAUGCGACACCUUUCACCGACGUCACAGUCGACUCAGUCUCGCGGCUGCUGCGUGAGCACGGUUACCAAUCGCGUGGGUUCGAAGUGAUGUACAACGGCCACACGGGCCGUAAAAUGGUUGCGCAAGUGUUCCUGGGCCCGACAUACUACCAACGUCUGCGACACAUGGUCGACGACAAGAUCCACGCGCGUGCUCGUGGCCCCACCCAGAUCCUGACACGACAGCCGGUGGAAGGUCGUGCCCGUGAUGGUGGAUUGCGUUUCGGAGAAAUGGAGCGUGACUGUAUGAUUGCUCACGGAGCCAGUUCGUUCUUGAAGGAACGUCUGUUUGAUGUGUCGGAUCCGUUCCGGGUGCACAUUUGCGACGACUGUGGAUUGAUGACUCCUGUUGCGAAACUCAAAAAGGGAUUGUUCGAAUGCCGACUGUGCAACAACAAGCACCGAAUCUCGCAGGUGCAUAUUCCGUAUGCGGCCAAGCUUCUCUUCCAAGAGCUGGCGUCGAUGAACAUUACCGCUCGGAUGUUCACCAACCGCUCGGGGGUGUCGGUGCGGUGAUUUCUUCCAUCCCCACAUUCACCACCAUAAUCAUGAUAAUUUCGCACUUGUUUAUUUUGCUUUUGUGGCGUCCAGCGGGUUGCAAGAUGGAUUGUUUAGUUCUCUUCUACACUAUUUACAUACAUUACAGCAAGCAAUUGGGGGAUGAAAAUAGCCAGCAUGUUAGGGAUUAUUGGGCCUGGACUUUUUGGUGUUGAUUUCUUCUGUCAUAUUGUUGUAUCUUUUCUUGUCUUCGACCCCUCCUCGAUGUAAAAUAAGCACACGAUGCAAUGCACUUAUGCACGUUAUGCAUGUUCUUCAACAAGAUGCACCAUUUAUGGCCAAUCAAGGUCCUGG